AUGUUUGACAGCCACCCACCCUGGCUCAUCCUCGCCACCCUCCUCAGCCAGCAUGCACCCACCCCGAUGCCUGCGACGGUCGAGCACAACCCAGGAUGGCUCGAGGGCGCAACCGUUGCUAGCCGACCUCAGCCACCAGCAGACCCACUCCCAACCAUCCAUCUCCAACCCCAACCGACCUCCCGUCUCGCCAUCCAUCCACGCCUUCCAGCCCCACCAACCGGCCUCCGAUCGCCCUCCCACGCCUGCAAGCUCGUCCUACUCUCGAGUGCCCGCCGACUGUCGAUCGAGAUCCACAAGCUCAGGGCCCGCAUACUCGGCCCGCCGAUGCUCCUCCACCACCACUCGCUCCCCGCCCUCCCCGCGUCCACCCGGGCCCCCACGCUCAUCAUGUCCAACCCGUCCGCCCCAUCCUCGCCGGGCAAGGCUCCCCAGACGAGCCCCCGCCUGACCCGCCCAACGCUCAACGUCACCCCGGCCGAGCCGGUCCUCUCGCGUCCGAGUCUGCCGCGGUCCGCGAGCGCCGUCGAGCCCUUCAGCAGCAGCAGUCUGCUCCUCCUGCCCUCCGCCGCCACAUCCACCCGCCCCACCUCGUUCCUCUCCAGCUCCUACGCCUCCCUCCCCACGCCCCCCGCACUCCUCCGCCACCAACGCUCCCGCUCCGCCCUGCCCUCCCUCGCCCUCAUCACCCCCUUCUCCAUCGCCCUCGCCUGCCCACACUCCGCCGACGCCCAAGCCCUUCUUCAACGCGCACUCGAGGACGACGACGACGCGCGCGCCUGGGCCCAGCCCGAGCACUCCGCCUACGACGGCCUCGCCCCCGAGCCCCCCCUCCUCCGCCCCAAUCCCACCCCCGCCCACCACCAUCAUCAGAGCUUGUUGCAGCGCCCGAUGGACCCUGUCUUGGCUGACUUGGAAGCUAAGAGCAGACUCAACGUCCAGACCGAAUGCGCGAUCUGCCACAAACAAGGAAUCAACUACCCCAAAUGUCCUAAAUGCCAGCUCGAGUUCUGCAGUCGCGACUGCCGUGUCUCGAUGGGCGACGGCCAGCGCCACCAGUGCGCUUAG